AUGCCCUGCGUUUUGGCGCAAAAUAUGCUUUGGACUGUAACUAGAUUUGCGUCGUUUUUGAGGUAAGCGUACAUAGCAACCUCACGACAGCCAGGCUGUAGUACGAAUACGCCCUUUCUGCGUUCCGUUAUAUUCACUACGGUACUAACUUUGAAUUCUUGCUAUAAAGUCGGUUAAUUCGUUCUGAGAGUUUUGCCCUUUUUCUUUUAUGCGUUGAUUAAUUAACCGACCUGGUCACGGUUGUUGCACAAUCCUAAAGAAUACACAUAUUUAUAUUAGCGUCAACUUUUUGUGCUUGGCUUCGUCCAUUCGUACCGCAAUAUUGCGGUACAUACAUAUGUAUGUGCGAUCUUUAGAGCUUAUUAGCCGUCAGCCUACAGUUAAAGACUUCAAGCAAUAUUUCUUACUGCCAACGCGGUAACCCGACAGCAAGGUUAACAGAAAAUUUCAUAAGAGCUGAGUUACCCGCUAUGCCGAGCCCAGUGGGGAUAAAUGGUACUCGGAAACUACCAGUUUAUUUACCAUGUCAACAGGUACUCUGGGCUGGGUGACCGUUGUCGAUGUGCUUUACGGCUCCAUUAUUCGCAGUUUGACCAAAACCAAACGCUGGAAUGAGUAAAUGGACCAUUUUCUCAACCAGGGUGGUCGAUUAAUCCCCUACUUCUGAAACAAAUGUCCGUCCACGGCCUACGUACUGUCGACGUUGUUACUAAGCAAUAACAAGGGCCUUGGAAGUCGUUGCUUCGCCCUUAAGGUUAGCAGAUUUUGUAUAGAAUUUCCUGCUUCUUUCUAACUCCAUGGAAUGUUUGGAGGACCAUAUUGGGACAGACUCGUUUCUGAUGACUGAGACCCAACUAUUUUUCGGCACCUCAUUUAAGGAGAAAAAACGAGAUAUAUCAGCGACUGCGGCACACCUUUUAUCGUCGUUUCUGAAACCGUUUUUAUCCCCAUCAUUCACAAACGUUGUAGAGUGACCGCGACUCAAAGAUAAAAAAUAAUCGAGCCCGGGCUUCUAAUAAAGGUAGAUGCAUCGACUGGAUAUUCACGCUGAAGCUCACUCCCUAAUUCUGCCACGGCUACCAGCAACCCACCGUAGUCUAUUUCGUCGACUUUAGUGCAGUGUUUGCGAUCGUUUUUAGUGAGUCCCCAUGACUUAUAAUAUAAUAAGCUGAUGUUUCCCAGGAAUUUCGCUGUCUUCAAUGCUUACUAUCCACCAUCGCGUGGUUUUCGGCUAACAGCACUGCCAGACGUUCAAUUUUCUGCUUCGCAUCUGACAAGAUUGCAUCCAAUACCUCUUCCUGCUUAACUGCGACCUCGACUAGCUACCUGGAUGACCUGCAAAUCUAGGGUGUGUCGGAUUCGUAUCGGGACGCCCAUCGACAGUCUUCGUCUACGCUGACAAUGCGGUCCUCCUAUUGUUAAGAUGUAAUGCAUUUCAGAAUCUAGUCCUUUGGUAAACGAGAUAUCAAAUCAGUCGCUUCGCUCAGGGAGAAGGCAACAACCGAAGUAUUGUCAGGCUGCAUCCCUGACUAAAAGAAGGCUCAUCUCAUGGUCAACGACUGUAAGUUUAGAGAAAUGUGCUAUUUCAACUAUCUUGGUGUCAGGUCUUCUUCGAGCGUAAAGAAUAAGGAUGGGAUUGUCGCCAAAUCUAUGCUGUUCGCGGAGUUUUCGCAAGCUUUUGAAGCGUCUCGUGUAUCCGUUCCGAUAUCUUCGUAGCCCGGGACAUUCUUGUUUGGUUGUGAAUUCGGGGGUUUUCAGCCUUUUUUGCCUGAUAGUGAUUCUGCGAAUGGAGUUUAUAGACUUCGUUUCAACUGUCACAAUGUACUCACUGCAACUACAUUGCGAGGAUAUCAGGGAAAGGCGCCAGCGUUGGCUUUGUACUUUCCUUAUCGUUCUCAUCACAUGGUCAGAGCCGAUGUCCAUGGUCCCACUGAACGCAACACAGAGGGGGUCAACCUGAAACCCUUAAAGACUAAGCGGUGGUUCCAGCCACCGCCUUUUGCCCAAAUAGGGAUCAGAGUAGUAUAACAUCACAGACAUGCUAUUUGUGAUUUUACCACAUACGAGCCGAUCCCUAUCCAUGUAGCUUCUUCGUAGACUUUUCGGAUGACAGACGUUACCUUCGAUCUGUAACUCCUUGUCCAAGCGCGUUCCUUUUUGCGUGGAAGAAUACCUUAUUUUGGCUUGAUCCGACAAGUGCCUCAUGCUUUCUAGAAUGUGGAUUCUUGUAUGCUGUCUGCGUUUGUUGGUGACCUAACUCAUGAAAAAUUAACUGGAAUUUUGAAAUAUGAUUUGGGUUCGAAAAAUUUGCUUGUGUAAGGUUAUACUGCAGAUUACUAUGCAGCAUAAUCCCGAGACAUUUCAGUCAUGCCAGGAAGUGGACUUCUGAAUAUGCGUCUGUCUAGUCGUCGGUAGAAAUGACUACCUGAGCGUUGCUAUUUUCUUCGAUUGAUUUCCAACGGUCUUAUCAAUUCAAAGGUAUUUUUAAAAAAAAACAUGCACAAAAAUACCGUUUCCCAUACCCCUAUUGUAAUAAAUGACGUACUCAAAUUUUUUACCUGUCAAUUUACCUGAAAUUGUAAAAAUUUCCGAGUAAUUUGAGUUCAUCGUACCGCCUCACUUACGUUCAGGAUUUCUAGAGUAUUAGCUGCACGGUUUCAUUUGAGGAAAAUAAGACAGUUUUCUAUGCUAUUACGAAGAGAAUAUACGGAAGUUUAUUAAAUUUUAAAAUUGAUAUGAACCACAUCGCACGCUUUACAAUAAGCGUUAGUAAACGGACAGAUACGACGGAUUCUCGGUCUUGGAGAAUACCAUGGAUAUAGACAUUUUCAAACCCAGAACUACCAUUUAUUUGGGCGGAAAAUCUGAAGACGCAGUUUCCUACAAAGUGAGUACAAGAAGAGAUGUCAUUACGCAUGGUAUAAAAUAUACUAGAAAACUCGUACUGUUUAAGCUGUCGUUUUUGGCGAAUGCGACUUUUUCAGGCGGCUGGAAAGACAAGCAUUCAUUAGUCGGCAUCCUGGCUCGACUGAAAUAGCAUGGGAUUAUCGCAUGGUAAUAAAUAUUACAACUUUACCCUAGUAAACGUUUCAAAACAAAACCACAUUUCAGAAUUUCAGUCGAUGUUUCAUAAGUCACCCUCUCAUGACUUACCCUCAGAUUCUUCUCCCAUUGCCAAUCGGACACUCUUUAGUUUCUUUGGUUUGUAAAAUAAAAAGGUUCUUCCCUAUAUGGGCAGUCCCUUCACUCGGGUUUUUCUCGAACUCAUUGAAUCACUUAGAGCUACCCUGCCACAAAUGUUGCUGGCAAAGAAAUUUUGUCUUAACACUGGGACUUCAUGUACCCACAGCCAUUUCAGCUGGAAUUUGUAGUAGGUUAACCCAGUCCAUAUCCACUGACAAGGUUCUGCCUUCAAGCACUCGGUAGGUUAUCAGGCCGUUGAAACUCGUCUUGCCUGACAGCCUCUCAAGUUCCUGUUCUGCCGACUCCAGGUUGAAGAUGCUCGCCAUAAGUUAACUUGAUUUACUGUUCGGUUUGGCAUAUAUCUGCGUUUCGUCUUCUUUAUGAUCAGGUCAUAACAGGUGGAUAAGACGUAGAAUCCCGUCUAUUGUUUCAAUUUCUAUUCUCAGCCUGGUUCUAUGCCAUGGACAAGCCGCAAAUCAUCGGUCACAUACAAAAGUCGUUGAACUACACGCUUUAUGAUUGCAAAUGGGUCCCCGUCAGCACGAAGUUUGUAGUUGUGGGUUCCAAUCCUCGUGGCACCGCCCAGCUCCAGGUGUAUGACGUCACUGCAACAGAUGUGAAGCUUGUAUACGAGGUAAACAGUUGUCAUAUGCACUGUGAUUCAUUUCCUGUUAUUCUAAUCACCUUCCUUCUCCUUCGUCUUUGACUCCGUUGCAGUUGUCUUUUUUACAUCGAGAGUCAAGUUUCCUGAGAAAUGUGAACACUUCAUAUGCGAAGGCAUUUCUAAACGCGCAACGAGUUCCCCACUUGAUCCCCCAUGUCUCCGUGAGCCUUAAGGAUUUUGCCGAAAUCGCCAAGAUCUCGUUCUUUCGCAAGUGCGAUGGGCUUCCCAACAAAAUUUAUAAUUUAUGAUUUGUUUCUUUAUCCUCUGGCCUGAUCUUAAUCUCCAUAAGCCUCUAUGUGUUUGAAAGCCUUAUCAAAGGUCAAAAUGCCAUUGUAUUCGUCAGCUUUAGAGUGAACGUCCUCUUCCUCCUGCGUACGUCAAGUUAUGUAGAAUGGCGAUGGGUUGGCAUAAUAUUCUUGGUUACUUAGUUGAGACGUAGUUUACAAUUGUCAUGUUGCUUCUGACAAGCUUCGCGCAAUCUCAACCUCAUUACAAUUUCGAGAUACCUAUGACGUGAUCCACCCUCAAUGCUUUACAACAGUCUUCUCGGAGGCGAGCAAAAAUAUGCCUCUGCUUGUGUCGUCGACUGUUAAAAGUGUGUCUAUUUCAGUCCAUUUCGUGGAUUCUUCUUCUACACCCUGCCGCAAGUCAGACUUGCAAAUUUCUAUGGGACUUGUUUCGCUUCUUUCAAGUCCAAAGUGCUCUUCUGGACUUGAGUGCGAAUACUGACCAAUGGGAGCUCCUAGGAGACGUAGCAUUUUGUUGUAUGCUGUUCAUUAUAUCGGCAGAACGGAAGGCUUAUGUCGAUCCUUAUCGCCUGUUAAGCCGACAAGCUAUCAUCCCGAAGUGAACAGAGGGUCUGCUACUCAUACCUACUAUCAUUGUGUUAAUCUGCCCUUGUGGUCAGUACUGUGGGUAUGUGAGGGUAACUAGUUCGAGGAGUAGGAGUCAAAGCCAGCGACCCAUUGAUUUGGCCUCUAUGACGCCCACGUAAACAUAGGAUUCGAGCCUCCAUUCCAAAAGGCCCCGUACAUUGUCCGGGGACCAGGUCGCGUGUGGCACGCGUAGACGGGCUGUUUAACCUUGCCAACUACCACGUCAGAGCUCAUCCCCGGCCUUCUUGAAAUUGACUCGCCAUUGGAAACUCGUGGGUGAGGGAGGGGAGCCUAUGGCAGAUGCUGCGCAAGUCUGCCCCUCUGUAAACUAAUUUAAGCAAAAGUCACCGGUGCUGUGUUCACCCCGUAGGGCACACGGUGGAGGUCGUUGCCGGCGGCGGUCGGACUCUCGGUCAACGAUCAUAAGUACUAUGAGUUUGUCCGAGGCGCAGCCGUUAACAGAUUGAGGGGAAAUUGCACGGUAAGGUUGCCUAAUCAACUCCGCAGUGAUGAGGCAUGCCGAGAUGUAUUGUGUGAACAGCCUGACAAGUAUCUAAUCAUCCGGAUUGUUGGCCUGAAGGCUUCUGUUCUGCCGACGGUUUCCUGUCAUAAUUGCGUUUUUUCAAGCCAGACUUGAAAUUAGAAACAAGACCGUUGACUGGUGUUGUCUAUUGGAAAAACAAGAAAUAUCGGCCUAUAGUACUAGUCGCCAUACGACUGCCUCAAGACAAAACGAGAAUAACAGGUCUCGUGACGCGGUCGGUGGGCGCCCCCUAGAUAAACAUUGAGAGACAGGACAGUGCCGAUGGGUACUGAUAAUGUCGGCGAAUGCCGAAUGUUUCUCUUUAUGACCUAUUUAGAAGACGAAACUACUUUUUGGCACUCGUCUUUUUGGACGACAUUUCCUCAAUUUGAUAUUCGGCAGUCCUCUUAAAGGCAGCCUUUGAAUUUAGGAUAAUUGCGUUUAGCCGUUGUUGGUACAAGUGAUUAUGCUCCGGCUCUAAGUAAGGAAAGUAUAUACUGAUUUUUCGUGAGGAGGGAUUGUCCUGGUGUCAGCCAAGUCUCGUGUUUUCCUUUCCACGCAUCGUCGAUUGUCUGAGCCUAUCAACUAGUUGGUGGCGGGAUUUAGUACUGUGGCUAAUAGCGUGAAAGUUAGUCUGUCCCUAUUGGCCUAAUUACAGUAACGUUUUCCACUCUACUUGCAUACGGCCAGUAGUUUGUUCUUUUUUCACAUCUAAGCGUGCACAUUCGAGGCUCGAAAUCCAUACAUCUAGCUUCGAACUACGCUUUUUCUAAUUUUUUUUUGGGAGCGAAACUGCAAAGAAAACAACCGAGUUAGCGACCAGUAAGGACUGGACAACGGUUCUGUAGAUCAUGCAGAGUGCCGGUCCCAAGACUUCACCAAUGAACUCCGCGCGUUUACAGUCUCGUAUUUGUGAUAAUCCAUGACUGAUCUGACGCAACCACGAUUUCGAUUUUCUAGUAUUUCAACUAAUAAGCCGUACCCUGGUGCCUCAAGAUUUCCAACGCUAGAGCUAAUUUUGCGUUAUGAUGAUUGGUUCCAGUUCACCUCCUCAGUCUACUCGAUGCCAAUUCCAUCGAUUACCGAGGGUACGGAGACAGGUACUCCUUUGCUUUCAUCUUAAUUGGCAUUCUCUCUCCCCGUAGUCUGGACGCCCUGAUUACAUAUUCAAGACGUCGAACCUUUUCUGAAGUGAACCUCACAGUGCUCAUUGACUCGUCUUUUGUUUGUAAACUAUGCGCUGCCAACUGAUGUCAAAAGUUCAUGUUUUCUGCAAAACAACUGAUUCUUUCCCGUCUCUGAGCCUUGUGACAAGUACAAGACGCCUAGCAGAACGAGUCCUGAAGAAAUAGCGCCAGCAACACUUUUGCGCAAGUUAUAACACAUUUUGCUUAGUUGAAAUUUACCCCGUUCUUUUUGUGUCCUAUUGUAUACAUGUCUCCAUCUAUCUCUUCAGUGGAAUUUACCAAAUUGUUUAUUUGCUAAUUAUUUAGGUAGAAAAGUCCAAUUCCUACAAAUGCUGCACAUUUGGCGCAUCCCGUCUCCCCUACGCUCACCUUGCAACGGGCGCCUUCAAUGGACGCAUGGCCAUUUGGGAUUUAGCUGAGGGUGGGCGUCUAGACGCGCCCAUCUACGCAGUCCAGGCACAUUCUGAAAUCAUAAACACCAUCGACGGCGUUGGUGGACUCGGCGUGGGUGAGGGCGCGCCAGAGAUAGCAACAGGCAGUCGAGACGGAACCGUCAAGGUCUGGGAUCCCCGACAGCCCAAAACACCCGUUGUCACUAUGGAACCAUCUCAGGACGAGAAGCAGUCCAGCGCUGGAGACAAUCCCUCAGUUGGGUCAAGCCGAGACUGUUGGACUGUGGCCUUUGGACACGCUUAUAAUGCUCACGAUCGCUGUCUAGCGGCAGGCUAUGACAAUGGUGAUAUCAAACUGUUUGAUCUGCGCGCCAUGAAGGUGCGCUGGGAGAAGAACGUCCGGAACGGCGUCUGUGCGCUGGAGUUUGAUCGGAAAGACAUUGACAUGAACAAACUCGUGGCAACCACGCUGGAGUCGAAGAUUCACGUCUUCGAUAUGCGCACUCAACAUCCAGAGAAGGGAUUCGCCUGCCUCACCGAGAAGGCCCACUCCUCGACUGUUUGGCAGGUCCGACAUCUGCCGCAGCAGAGGGACAUCUUUAUGACGACCGGUGGGAACGGGUCAUUGUGCCUCUGGAAGUACAAUUACCCGGCAAAGCGCCGGAAGAUGGUUCAGGUGACCCCCACUGCUGAGGGUCAACCGGCGACUGAAGUGGCUGAAGGUGUGGCCGGCAGUCUUUCACUGCUGCAAAACAUCACACUGUCAACACAACCCAUCGCCGGUCUAGACUGGUGUAGGGACAAGAUGGGUUUGGCCGUCUGUGUGGCCUUUGAUCAAACUCUCCGCCUGCUCAUUGUUACCAAAUUAAAUAGAGUGUGA